AUGGUAACGUCUCAACUUUGAGUCACUACAAUCUGAAUUAAUACUCAGUUUAAAUAAUUGGUGUAAGGCUGACCUGUAGCAUGGCACUUUCGAAACCUGUGGUUUUGGCUGCAUAUAUUGUGACUACUCUUGGUGUGCACGACUCUUGUCCGAAACAUCAGUUCUUCAAUGAAGCAAUUGGGAAGUGUGACGACUGCAGCACAGCUAUGGUGUGUCACAAAUCCCUGACCAAAUGCCCAGGGGCAUGUUUAGCAUCCUUUCUUGAGAAUAUGCAGGACAGGAAUGAGAAACUGCAGAGGCAGCAGGAUGCGAUAACUGGAUGGGAGUUCAACAAUAGCAGUAUUGUUUUAGCCUGCUUUAUUGCUGGAGGCAUUUUCCUUUAUGCUGUAUGGCAGCUUAUAAAGAACAAGUCCAGAAUUAUUCAGCUAAUAAAAGGUACACCAGCAGACCCUGAAGCAGACCCUGAAAAGGGACUAACUGCAUUGGAACCACUGAUAGGUCCGCCAACCGUCAUCACUCCGAACAUCACAUUCUGCAGUCAAGAUACUCAAACUGCAGUGAAAACGACGGAAGAAAAAGAAACCCAGGUGGACAAGAUCCCCAUUGAUAAAAUUGGUUACCAAAUUGAAGAUGAAGAAAGUGAUCCACACGUACAGUCGCCAGAACCGAAACCAACAUCUUCCGAGAAGAUAACAGAAGAGGUAGACGACAAUGAUAAGCCAAAGGAAGGAUUAGAAGACCAAGACCUAGACCACGAAUCUGAAACCGCAGUGAAGACACCAUUUACAGAUUAAAACGAUGAGGUGUAAUCUAGUGAAGUUAAUCCGAUGGUU